UUCAGUGGGCCAUGAAUAUGGCGUUCGCUGAGUUCGUUAACAAAACCCGACUAACCCAGCCCCUGAUCAAUUUCUGCGUGAUUGUGUAUAUGGAUGAUAUUUUGGUCUUUUCGGAAAUACACGAGUACCACGUGGAACACAUCGAGUGGGUUUUGCAUGCACUGAAAGAUGCCGGGUUCAAAGUGGCCUUGGAGAAAAGCGAGUUCUUCUUGUCGGAGAUUUCAUUCUUGGGAUAUAUCGUCACGGUUGACGGACUAAAACCGGAUCCAAGGAAGGUGGCAGCAGUUCAGGACGCCCCGGCGCUGGUCACACUCACCCGGGUUCGGGCUUUUCUGGGGCUGGCAUCCUAUUACCGACGCUUCAUCAAGGGGUUCGCCGGUAUAGCGAAGCCCCUCACGAACCUACUGAAGAAAGAGGAACGGCUGAUCUGGACGCCGGAAUGCGAGGCGGCGUUUCAGGCGUUGAAGGAGGCUCUGACAUCUGCUCCUGUGUUGGCGCGUCCCGACCCGACAAGACCGUUCACACUGUACACGGACUGGCAGCCUCAGGCGAUAUCAGCGGUGCUGACUCAGCACGGGAAGGACGGAAGGGAGCACGUCAUUGAGUAUGCGUCCAAGACGCUGAGCCAGGCGCAGGCUAAUUACGAAGCAUGCAAAGGUGAAUGCCUGGCGGUGGUGUGGGGGAUUCAGCACUUCCGACCGUAUCUGUACGGCCAGAAAUUCGUGCUGGUGACGGAUCAUCAACCGCUGCUGUCCCUACGUAACAACACGGACUACAUGGGGACGUUGGGCAGGUGGACGCUCACGGCGGGCCCUUACCCCAUGCGCGAGUUCUUGGAGUACCUGGUGGAGCUAACUGACGUGGAGUCGCUGCCCUUCGCCGACGAGGACGCGUGGGAGUUGCACCAUGCGCUGUACAAGUCGGUGGCGCUGGGGAUGUUCCGGUUCUUCGUGGAUCACGAAGACCACGCUACCGGUGAGCACUUCGUCGUUUACUACGUCAUCACGCGACCCAAGCCAGCGGAGAAGGAAGGGACGGUCGCGCUGUACCCAUUCGCCCAGCUCCAAACGAUCGAUCCGGGAUUUUUGGAGCUCAUACAUCUUGAGCUCCUCUCCAUCGCGCAAGUGAUCGCGAGCGAGGAGGAGGAGAUCCAACCGCGAUUGCGGACGGCGACGGACCCGCUGAGAACAUACAACGCGGUCGUCAUCCCGGAUUACAUUGCGCAGCGCGCGGAGAGAUUGGACGACUUCUCGGAGGAAAGGCCAUUGCGUCCUCCCUCAUCGUACUCUCGGCCAGCGCCACCGAAGGCCGCCAAGAAGACGCCGAAGAGGAAGAGAUGCCACCCGUCGCCAGGAGCGCAAGGCAGCAGGAUCGGCGGCGGCGAGGAAGUGAUUCAGCCCGCGCGCGCGGCGACGCUCGUUAAGGAGACUAUCGUGCCAUCACCGCCCAUUCCGCGUGUGCCCGACCUCAAUCUUGAUGGAGUCGGGCCAUCAUCAACAGCAGCAGGAGGAGGGGGAAGUCGAAUGGGAUUUCCGGAUCCCAUAUCCGGACCCCCCGUCCUCGCGGGACCUCUACUGGCCUUGGAGAAAAGCGAGUUCUUCUUGUCGGAGAUUUCAUUCUUGGGAUAUAUCGUCACGGUUGACGGACUAAAACCGGAUCCAAGGAAGGUGGCAGCAGUUCAGGACGCCCCGGCGCUGGUCACACUCACCCGGGUUCGGGCUUUUCUGGGGCUGGCAUCCUAUUACCGACGCUUCAUCAAGGGGUUCGCCGGUAUAGCGAAGCCCCUCACGAACCUACUGAAGAAAGAGGAACGGCUGAUCUGGACGCCGGAAUGCGAGGCGGCGUUUCAGGCGUUGAAGGAGGCUCUGACAUCUGCUCCUGUGUUGGCGCGUCCCGACCCGACAAGACCGUUCACACUGUACACGGACUGGCAGCCUCAGGCGAUAUCAGCGGUGCUGACUCAGCACGGGAAGGACGGAAGGGAGCACGUCAUUGAGUAUGCGUCCAAGACGCUGAGCCAGGCGCAGGCUAAUUACGAAGCAUGCAAAGGUGAAUGCCUGGCGGUGGUGUGGGGGAUUCAGCACUUCCGACCGUAUCUGUACGGCCAGAAAUUCGUGCUGGUGACGGAUCAUCAACCGCUGCUGUCCCUACGUAACAACACGGACUACAUGGGGACGUUGGGCAGGUGGACGCUCACGGCGGGCCCUUACCCCAUGCGCGAGUUCUUGGAGUACCUGGUGGAGCUAACUGACGUGGAGUCGCUGCCCUUCGCCGACGAGGACGCGUGGGAGUUGCACCAUGCGCUGUACAAGUCGGUGGCGCUGGGGAUGUUCCGGUUCUUCGUGGAUCACGAAGACCACGCUACCGGUGAGCACUUCGUCGUUUACUACGUCAUCACGCGACCCAAGCCAGCGGAGAAGGAAGGGACGGUCGCGCUGUACCCAUUCGCCCAGCUCCAAACGAUCGAUCCGGGAUUUUUGGAGCUCAUACAUCUUGAGCUCCUCUCCAUCGCGCAAGUGAUCGCGAGCGAGGAGGAGGAGAUCCAACCGCGAUUGCGGACGGCGACGGACCCGCUGAGAACAUACAACGCGGUCGUCAUCCCGGAUUACAUUGCGCAGCGCGCGGAGAGAUUGGACGACUUCUCGGAGGAAAGGCCAUUGCGUCCUCCCUCAUCGUACUCUCGGCCAGCGCCACCGAAGGCCGCCAAGAAGACGCCGAAGAGGAAGAGAUGCCACCCGUCGCCAGGAGCGCAAGGCAGCAGGAUCGGCGGCGGCGAGGAAGUGAUUCAGCCCGCGCGCGCGGCGACGCUCGUUAAGGAGACUAUCGUGCCAUCACCGCCCAUUCCGCGUGUGCCCGACCUCAAUCUUGAUGGAGUCGGGCCAUCAUCAACAGCAGCAGGAGGAGGGGGAAGUCGAAUGGGAUUUCCGGAUCCCAUAUCCGGACCCCCCGUCCUCGCGGGACCUCUACGUUCCCACCAACCACCCCGGGGUGCCCCGGUCGUUGACCUUAGUAGUUCAUCCGAGCCGGAUGGUCCAUCCGACCGAGGUGGACUUCAUGGUGGAGCCCGCCACCAUUAGGCUCGAGGCCAUCGCGGGGGCGCCGCGCCCUGAUCCGGCGUGGGAACCAUACCUGACG